AUGCAAUGGUCAGAUUCUUGGCGUGUAAUGUCUAUCGUCGGCUGCGGGCCUGUGGGAAUUUGUGCAAUCGCAGCCGCACUUACAUGGUGCCCCACGGUCUAUGCCAUUGAUAUGGUUCCAGAGAGACUGGCCGAGGCAGAAAAUAUUGGGGCUAAGGCGCUACUCCUUGAUGAAUCUAUCGAGACCACGAUCAAAGCUGCGACUAAUGGUCGCGGGGCUGAUGUUGUACUCGAGGUUGUGGGCAAUCACGAUGCUAUGCAACUCAGUUUGGCUAUGGUACGUCCAUUUGGCUUCAUUAGCUGUAUGGGUGUUUAUCUUUUCUAA